AUGCCAGCCGAAGUGAAGGAGGAGCAGGGUUCAGAGGGCCCCCCAGUGCUGCCCUUGUCCCAGGAAAUGAAGGAGGGGGCCCCGGACCCCCCAGGAGCUCCAGACAACUGCGACGAACUGGACACACCCACUUCUAUCGCCUCUGCUGUGACCUCCACCAACGAGAGCUCCACGGAGACUGACACCCCUCAGCAGACUGACACAGAGGAGUCAAAGGCAGUGGAUCAAGAGGUUAAACCAGAGCAGAGUGACAGCCAAGUGGCUCUAAAUGAAGCUGUGGAGAGCCUGCUGACAUUGGGCUCACCUGAACUCACAUCCACCCCUGUGACUCAAGACAACACUCCAGCAGACACGCCAACUUCUGAGGCUGACUCCACCCUGACCGACCCAAUCACACUGACCACAACCACCACCACCACAACCACUGCCCCUCAGCCUGAGACCCCACCAGUGCCCCCUGACACACAGAGCCGGGUCUACACUCUCCCAGAUGGCUACAGGACCAUCGGGGGAGACUUGUGUACCGGAUAUGGAAGCUUGUCCAGAACCACGCUUCACGGAUACUGGCCAGCAAAAACCUUUCAGCCCGGAGCCCACUACACCCUGCCUUUUCUCAGAGACAGCUACACUCCGUCCAUCCUGGGGAGUCAGACAGAAGAGGAGGGUCUGCGCGAACGUGCAGAAACACCAUGUGAUAUGAAAGAUCACCCGGCAAGCACCUAUGCCACACUGGGGGGAAUACACCCCUUCAGGCCCAUCACCACUAUGGAGCUUCUCAGAGAGCCAUCAAGGACCAGGACUGGAUAUGAUGAUGCAUUCAUGGCCCAGCUGGAGGGCAACUUGAACCCGUUCCUCCAGGCCAUGUGCCGCGCUCAGACCUUACAGUUUCCCCACAAACGCAGCAGCAUGGUCAGCCUGGACAGCAUCCGCAGAGAUCCAAGAUGGAGGGAUCCAAACUUGCAGGAAGUUAUUGCAAUGCUCAACCACCCCAUGGAUCCGGUCAAGUCCAACGCUGCGGCCUAUCUGCAGCAUCUGUGCUAUGAGAACGACCACAUCAAGCAGGAGGUGCGCCAGCUGAAUGGUGUGCCUGUCCUUGUGGAGCUGCUGGACCAUCCCAAACCUGAAGUGCACCGCAAAGCGUGUGGAGCCCUGCGCAAUAUUUCCUUUGGCAAAGACCACCAAAACAAAAUGGCCAUCAAGAAUUGUGAUGGUAUUCAAGCCUUAGUUCGAUUGUUAAGGAAGACCAGCAGCGUGGAGGUCAAAGAGUUAGUCACAGGAACUCUUUGGAACCUCUCCUCGCAUGAACCUCUAAAGAUGUCUGUCAUCAACCACGGCCUUCAAACCUUGACAGAUGAAAUCAUCAUUCCUCACUCCGGCUGGAGGAGAGACACAAGUGAUCCCUCCAAAAUGCAGAGUGCCGAGUGGACCACAGUUUUCAAGAACACCUCCGGAUGUCUGAGGAACGUGAGCUCGGACGGGGCAGAGGCGCGCCAGAGGUUGAGGGAGUGUGAGGGGCUGGUGGAUGCUCUGCUUCAUGCCCUUCAGACCGCUGUGCUAACCAAGGACACAGACAAUAAGUCAGUGGAGAACUGUGUGUGCAUCCUGAGAAAUCUCUCCUACCACGUUCAUAAAGAAAUCCCAGGAGCCGAGCGUUUCCAGGAGCCCCACAUGAUGAGAUCAGCAGGUCACCCACGGAAGAAGAGCGAGCAUGACUGUUUUGGCGGAAAAAGACCCAAAGAGGAGUGGUUCAAUCAAGGUUGGAAAAAUGGCUUUAUGGACAGAAAAUAUGGUACAUUGGAUUUACCUAAACGCCCUGAGCAAAUGAAAGGCCUGGAGCUGCUGUACCAACCUGAUGUGGUGCGGCUGUACCUGGCGUUGCUCACCUGCAGCCACAACCACAACACUCUGGAGGCAGCUGCAGGAGCUCUGCAGAACCUGGCCGCUGGACAGUGGGCUUGGUCUAGCUACAUCCGGGCCACAGUGAGAAAGGAGAAAGGGUUGCCCAUUCUGGUGGAGCUGUUGCGUUCAGAUGUGGACAAAGUGGUGCGAGCUGUGGCCAUUGCUCUCCGUAACCUGGCCAUGGACAGGAGAAAUAAGGACCUCAUUGGCAGCUACGCUUUAAGGGACCUUGCGGGCAACCUGCCAUGUGGACAACAGCAUCCAGCAAAGAACCUGGAGGGAGAUACAGUUGUGUCUAUUCUGAACACUAUCCAUGAGAUCAUCACGGACAGCCCUGAGAAUGCCCGAGCGCUUAUACAAGGACACGCCGUGCAGAAACUGGUGGCCAUCAACAAGUCGAGCCAAUCAGUGCGAGAGACCAAGGCCGCCUCUCAUGUUCUGCAGACAAUAUGGGCGUACAAGGAUCUGCGACACACACUGACCAAAGCAGGCUGGACCAAAAGUCACUUUAAGCCACCAUCGACUGGAGUGACCAAGAAGUCCAAGAGUGGGAAGCAGGGGGGCGACGACAUCACCUUACCGCUCAUGGACAAAACUCAAGAUGUGUAUUCCACCUUAGAGCCAAAUGACAGAGUUGGCGAUGGGAAGGGGUCAGUGGUGGAGAGAGAGGCUCUUCAGGCAAUCAAUGAGAGGAAGCACUUCAUCCGAGCUGGCCGUCCUGCAGUGGGGCUUAUGGACAACAAGCCCCCUCCAUUAGACUCGUGGGUCUAA